AUGCCACCAGAAUAUUUUUAUGAAGGAGUUGAAGAAAAUACUACUAUCGAUAUUUGGCAAUUGGGUUGUGUUUAUACACAAAUGAUUUUAAGAACACCACCAUUUAAAGGUCAUUCUGUAAGUUCUAUUAAAAAAUCUAUUUUGUCAUUAAUUAAACCAGAAGAAAUAAUUAAAAUUAAUAACAAUGAAGAAGUAAAUGAAUCAUAUGGGUUAAAAGAAACCAAGACUAUUUUACCUUAUUUUUUUAGAACAUUAAAAAUUGAUUCUUCUUCACAAGAAUUAAUUUAUGAUAUGUUACAAAUAGACCCAUUAAAAAGAAUUACAGCAAUUGAAAUUCUUCAACACCAAUCAAUUGCUAUGUUUAAACAACCAUUAGGUGAAAAAGAAAGUCAUGAAUUUGAAUUUGUAAAAGGAAAUGAGACUUAUGACGAAAUUGUUCAAUUAAUUAAAAAUGAAAUGUAA